AUGAUUCCAGUCUUUUGUGUUUACCACAUUUUCACAACUUUGAUACUGGCCGUGACUGUUCUCGUUGGGUGCAAGUCCAAAUCGAAUGCGAAGCCGAAAACGAAACCGGCGAAACCUAACAGUUCAACUAACAAAUCAAAGAUGGCUGAACCUGUUCCACCACCAUCGAACUCCUCCCUGAAACCACCUGAAAAGGAGGCGGAGCCAGCGAAAGAGAAAGAGAAAGAAAAGGAGAAGACGAAACAAAGUGAAGUGAAAGAGCCAGAGGCACCAAAAAAAGAUAAUGAAAGAGAAUCGGAGAACAAGAAUAAGGAGAAGGAAAAAGAGAAACAAGAGGAUACUUUUGAUGCUGUUAAACCAAAACAGCAAGAUGCUGAUAGAAAGAAGGAGUUGGGUGAGAAGAAGAAGGCUGAAAACAAGGGUGAUUACAAGACAUGGAACAAACUAAUUGAAAACAGUGAAUUCAAUAAAAGUUUGAGUGAGAAUGAGAAAAAAGAUAAAAAGAAGAAGAAAGACGAGGAGAAAGAUGAGAAGAAAGAAGAUUCCGACGAUAAAAAAGAUGAAAAGAAGGAUGAAGAAGACAAAAAGAAAACUGAGGAAGAAGAGAAAAAAUAA